UUCCUCUCAGCUUCAUACAAGGGGCUCUUUAAGCCCUGCUACCAGCACAGACCAGGCAUUCAUACUCGGGCGGCGCGAGCGAGGGGGCUGGGGAGCGAGCGUCACUUUGGAAACUCGGGAACUCACAGAUUCUCAUGCUUAAACCGGCGACCUCUUUUCUCAUAACUGAAGUCGUUUCUGUUGGAUUUCAACUGAAAGACAAACGGAGGGGGGAGAGAGAGAGAUAGAGAAAGAGAGAGAGAGAGAGAGAGAGAGAAGGAGAAGUCAGGAGAGAAGUGAGACCAAGGGAGUUUGGCGUAGACCGCUAUCCUUAAGCUGGUAAACUGGGGUCCAAGGUGCGCAGUAAGCCGCCUAUGAUACCAACAACACGGAUGGAAAGAACUUUAAUGUGGAAUCCUCACAGAGUUUUGCAACGGAGGCUGAGAGUAGAGACAGACUGGCAGUUUAUAUUAUAACUUAGAGGAGGCCAGAGAGACAGAGCAGACAGUUGCCAUUCACUGUAGGAAUACACAGGAACAGGAGCCCAACAGGUAGAGUUGAGCAUUUAGUUGCAGGCGUUGGAUCUUCUUGUCUGGAACCUUGCUUGAGAAGAAGGAUGUCCAGAGAGGAGCAGAGCUUUUCAGAGGUGGAGCUCAGUCCCGGCAUGUCGGACGACAGCCGCUCCCUAUCACCGGGUCAUUCCUCUGGUGCAGCAGGCGGAGGUGAUUCGCCCCUCCACGGGCAGCAGCAGCAACUGGCGCAUCUGGACGAUGCGUCAGCGGGCUGCUCGUCUGUUAAAUCCGACGACGAGGACGAGCGCUUCCCCGCUGGGAUCCGCGAGGCGGUGAGCCAGGUGCUCAACUGCUACGACUGGACCCUCGUGCCAAUGCCUGUGCGCGUGAACUCGUCGAGCAAAAACAAGCCGCACGUGAAGAGGCCGAUGAACGCCUUCAUGGUGUGGGCGCAGGCGGCGCGGAGAAAACUGGCCGACCAACACCCGCACCUGCACAACGCAGAGCUCAGCAAGACCCUGGGGAAGCUCUGGAGGCUUCUAAAUGAGAGCGACAAGCGACCCUUCAUUGAAGAAGCAGAAAGACUCAGGAAGCAGCACAAGAAAGAUUACCCAGACUACAAAUACCAGCCACGGCGCCGCAAGAACGGAAAGCAUGGCUCUGGAUCAGGAAGUGAGGCCGACAGCCAUUUGGAGGGUGAGGUCAGCCACAGCCAUUCCCACUACAAGGGCCUUCUCCUGGAAGUGGCCCACAGUGGGGGAGCCGAGUCCCCUCUGGCAGAUGGGCACCACCCGCAUGCUGCAGGUCAAUGCCACAGUCCUCCUACACCUCCCACUACUCCUAAAACCGAACCUCAGUCUGGGAAGACAGGGGAUGGUAAGAGGGAGGGUGCUGGGAAUGGAGGCUCCCGCAACACAAUGGGGACAGAGGGAGCUUCAGCUGCUCCAGGAUCGGGGAAACCACAUAUCGACUUUGGGAAUGUGGACAUUGGUGAAAUAAGCCAUGAGGUGAUGGCCAACAUGGAGCCUUUUGACGUCAACGAGUUUGACCAGUAUCUUCCCCCCAAUGGGCACCCAGGGGCUGGGCAAAGUGGUGGAGCCGGAGGAGCUGCUGCAGCCUCUGCAGCCUCUCCUUAUGCCUAUGGCAUCUCUUCAGCUCUGGCAGCGGCCAGUGGACACUCAGCAGCCUGGCUCUCCAAGCAGCAGCAGCCACAGCAACAUCACAGCUCCCCUCUGGGAUCAGACGCCUCCAAGGCGCAGAUCAAGAGUGAGGUUGGAGGUGCUGGGGGUCAUUUUGCAGAAGCAGCCUCACCAGGUACUCAUGUCACCUACACCCCGCUCACCCUUCCUCACUACAGCUCCGCCUUCCCAUCUUUGGCCUCAAGGGCUCAAUUUGCAGAAUAUGCCGACCACCAGGCUUCGGGGUCAUACUAUGCCCACUCCAGCCAAGCCUCGGGUUUGUACUCUGCCUUCUCCUACAUGGGUCCUUCCCAAAGGCCCCUCUACACUGCCAUCACUGAUCCAGCCAGUGUAUCGCAGUCCCACAGCCCCACACACUGGGAGCAGCCUGUCUACACAACACUGUCACGGCCAUGACAGAUGAUACCAGAGGGUAAUGGUGCAGGUUCAGCCCCAACACCAGACCAAAGUAGCAGAGGCAGCAGCGGCAACAACAGUGCUGUUGGUGGUAUCAGUGAUGAAAGUGGUCUGGUCUGGGGGGAGUGGGCAGGCACCGGGGGAGUUGGCUGGGAAGGCAGAAGGGGUGAGACCUUCUUCUGAUCUUGCUCAGAUUAAAAUAUGCUGUCACAGCCAAGGAUGAUCUGAGAGCAUGGUGCUUUUGAAACGUCAGUCAUUAUUUGGUGCCACUCCAUGUGAGAGUCAAAGGAAGUAGUACUUUGGUGAUGUGGAGAUAAACACCACUGUUGCACCACCCUUGGUACUCCAAACAAGACAACUGAUGUUGCUUAUGGGUGACAAGGGAUCAUUUUCCUAUCAGACUGUAUUGCAAGAAGUACACUGUAGUCUACAAACUUCUUCCACAGGCCAACAAAGGGGUCAGCAACAGCAGGGAAUCGAUGAGAAUUAGUACACCUCCAACCAUUAUUGUGACAAGUGUGAUGAGAAGGAGCCAAAUUUCUUCUGUAUAUAAUUUAUAUGCCAUAAGAAUGCAGAACCAAUCUAUUUCUUGGCCUCUCACUUCUAAUUCAAGAUUGACUCAUUUUCAUGCAGAUGUUUUGUCUUUCUUUAAAAAGCUUACAAAAGGAAUCCUAAUAGCAGGAUGUUAAAUCAGUACCAGAGUUGUCCUUGUUUAUCUUAAAUUAUUUGGCUGUAUACUCUUAAAAUGUCUUUGUAAAACACAUUCGACGAGAGUAAAAUCCAUGCUGAGGUUUUGCAUUCACAUGUAUAAUUAGUCAAAAGCAGCACUCGCAUGGACUCGCUAUGAUCAGGAUAGACUAUGCAUUGUACUUGAAGUUUUAAAUACUUUAUAUUAAUGUGUGCAGAUAUGAAAUAUUUGUAAGGAAAAAAAAUUGACCAAAGUUUUGAGACCAAAACUUUUUGUUUACUUUUCUAAGAUAAGAAACCGAUUUAGUCGACGUUUCUCCCAACUCAAAACUACCUGACAUUUAGCUAGUUAGACGUUUCUAAGCUGUCAUCAGUUUUCCAACGUGAGCUCACGUUCAUUUUCUUUAAAAUGUGUUCGUGUCAAAAACUACUUUUGCCUUUUUUCGCACCAGCACUGACGAGUGUGACAGUUUCAAUUGUUUUAUUUGAUGUAUUUAUGACUAACAGUCAUGGUAAAAGAUUAUUCUAUUUAUACUCGGAUAAUCUAUUUACAUUAUUUUCAUUGACAAUGGUCGCAAUGUGAUAUUAGAGAAUACAUCUGAGAAACUACCUUCUUCUAACAGCUUCCGAAGAUAUCACUGCCCACCUUUUUUGCCAUUGUAAUCUACACUGAAAGCCUUCACUACUGCCUUUUGCUUUUUGCUUGUACGUAAAUUAAAAUGUGUGUUUAAAACAGUGUUCAGCUUGAACGGUCAAAUCUUUUGAUUGUAAUUACUAAGAAAUAACUUUUGGAACAGACACAAUGUAGAAAAUGCCAACACUGAGAAAGAGCUGCCACCAACAACCUGAUAUUAAAUAUAAAAUGUGCCUUGUCUUCGAUAAUACAUGUUACUAACGAGUGGUGCAGAGGAGUAACAACCUCUAUUUCAUUUAAUGUCUUGUUUUUGCAUAAUAAGUUGUCUUUAUUUGUGAUCUUUUGUCUUCAUUAGUAACUUUUCUUCACUAUUCUGAAAUAUCUAUAUAUUUCAAAUGUCUUACCGUCCAUCUGGAAGGGUAAAAAAAAAAGAAAAAAAAAUGUUAUUUGCUUUGUUUUAUUUUAAAUAUAUCACUACUGGACAGAUGUGAACAAUAUGUAUGCACCACUGCUUAUUUUACUGUUCAGUCAAAGCUUAAAGUCUGUUCAUUUUCAAGCAUUUACCCCCCAGGAUAUGAAGCAGAGGGGAGUGCUGUAAAUUUUACAUUUUGUAUUUAUGUUUGGUUUAUAUUUGUGAGCACUGUUGUUUAUGUCUGUUUUGAAGAAAUCUCUGACUUUCUCUGCCAAUUUAGUAUUUUAUCUAUUUUUUCCAGCAGCAGAUCACAGCUACCAAACAACUUAAUAACUGCAGGAGUAAAAGCCUCAACAUGUGAUGAUGACUAAUGAUCGCUUACUCAAAUUUGAAAUAAAGCUCUUCUAUAUCUGCUUCAA